AUGGCACUUGCCAAGCUGCGUGGAAAGAGUCUUGGCCGCGUCAUCGGCUUGAUCGGUGCCGUUGGUUUCAUUCUACAAGGAUACGAUCAAGCUGUUGCAAAUGGAUUGCUUACACUGGCUUCAUUCAUCGCUGUAUUUCCCCAGAUCGACACCCUCAACACAUCUGGGGCGCAGAAAUCGCACAACUCCACUAUCCAGGGAACAACGGUUGCAAUCUACGAGGUGGGUUGCGCUAUUGGCGCAUUCUCAUGUGGCUUUUUAGGCGACAGACUCGGUCGCCGACGCACAAUCUUCCUCGCAGGAUGUAUCGCCAUUGUCGGUAUAAUCAUCCAAUCGACCCCAUUCUCUCUUGGUCAACUUAUCGCCGGUAGAGUUAUUACAGGUCUCGGCGUUGGUGGCUUCACCGCUACAAUCCCCAUGUACGUCUCCGAAUCAUCAGGCGCCGAAUCCCGAGGUCGCAUGGUCCUUCUCGAGGGCUGGUUCGCUAUUGGCGGUGUCGCAUUCGCCACAUGGUUAGAGUUCGGUCUCUACUAUGCAGGCGACAGCUCCGCUGCCUGGCGUUUCCCGAUCGCAUUCCAGUCCAUCUUCGCAAUCUUCGUCGUAUCCACUAUUCUUUUCCUCCCCGAAUCUCCCCGAUGGCUUGCAAAGGUUGGCCGAAUCGAAGAAGCUGCCGAUGUUCUUGCAAGGUUAGAAGAUGUCUCUGUUGAUUCGGAACAUGUUGCGCAGGAACUUGAGAUUAUCCGUCAGUCACUUGCGGAGGGUGAGGCGGAUGAAUCAUCUGCUUCCUCUUCUCCUUUUGCACGCACAAAGAACCGUCAUCUUCACCGUACAGUCCUCGCUAUUAGCGUUAAUAUCCUUGCUCAGAUGACUGGUGUCAACAUCAUUACUUUCUACUCGGAUACUAUUUUGGAAACGAAUCUGCAUUACUCCGGUACUAUCGCCCGAAUCGUCUCGGGAUGUUUGCAAAUCUGGCAGUUCUGUGCAGCUGGUCUCGCGGUGCUUCUGAUUGAUCGCUAUGGUCGUCGACCAUUGCUCAUCACAGCUGCGGCGGGUAUGACAAUUGCCCAGAUCUGUCUAGCUGGAUUAUCGAGCGAUCUCACAAACAAGGGAGCAGCAGGUGCAUCCAUCGCAUUCUACUUCGUGGCUCUAUUCUGCUUUCCGAUCGGUCUUUUCAUCGUCCCAUUCAUGUAUGCUGCUGAGAUUGCACCCCUACGCACCCGUGCAAAGGUUACCGCCAUGUCCGCGGCAGCGAACUGGAUCUUCAACUUUGUCCUCGCCGAGGCAUCUCCUACUGGCUUUGCGACUAUCGGAUACAAGUACUACAUUGUGUACGCAUGUAUUAGUGCAUUCGGUCUUUGUUUCUUCUACUUCUUCUGUCCUGAGACGAAGGGACGUACAUUGGAGGAAAUUGAUGAGAUUUUCAUCAUGUCAGAGUCCUUCUUUGAUACUGUUAAGGUUGCGAAGGAUAUGCCCUAUCAGACGGAGUUGCUUGCUCAUGCUGAGGAUACUGAAAAGGUCGGUAUGAAGGCAGAGCAGAUUGAACGAGUUGAUUAA